AUGUACUCACCGUUAGAUCUAUUUCAAAAGUUUUUCACCAAAGCCACGGUCAGAACCCUUUGUGACAAUACAAAUAGACAAGCGGCUAGAAACAUUUGUAGAGGCAAAAAGUUUAAGUGGAUAGAUAUAACUAUGAAGGAGCUUUACAAAUUCAUUGGAUUGGUCCUCUUUACUGCGCUGAUUAAGACGAGAACUAUCAGCGAUUACUGGAUAACAAACUCCAUCUUCUCGAUUCCGUUUCCAGCUACUGUGAUGAACAGGGAUAGAUACAGAAUCAUAUCAUGGAACAUCCACAUGAGUGACCCUGAUGAGGAUGCUGUCAAUGACCGUAAAAAGGGCACACCUGAAUAUGACCGGCUAUUCCGACUCAAACCAUUAAUGAAUGACAUUCGUCAUGCCUGCAUGUCCUGUUUCCACCCACAUAGAAACCUGGCUGUAGAUGAACGGAUGGUGGCAUCAAAAGCAAUAAAUGGGUUGAUUGAAUAUAUCAAGUCAAAGCCCACUAAAUAUGGCUUUAAGAUUUUUGUGUUAGCUGACUCCAGCAAUGGCUAUACAGUGGACUAUGCUGUGUAUAUGGGCAAGAACGUGUUCCCCAUUGGCUUUGGAAUGUCUUACGAUGCAGUGAUGUCAUUCGUAAGGCCCUCUAUCCUUGGCUCAGGUUACCAUGUGUACCUUGACAACUACUUCUCCAGCCCAAAACUAUUUAAGGACUUAUUUGACAUGAAAAUGGGAGCGUGUGGUACCAUGCGGGAAGGCAGACUGGGCUUCCCAAGAUCAGAAGAAAAUGCACUGACCAAGAAAUCCCCAAGAGGAUCUUUACGAUGGAUAAGGGAUGGCUCCCUGCUCUUUGUGAAGUGGAAGGAUGCCCGGGAAGUAUCGAUGGGUUCCACCAUUCAUCAAGCUUAUGGAGGGGAGCCCAUAAAAAGGAAACGCAAGAGUAAGGAUGGCAAAUGGUCUCAUGAGUCAAUUCCAGUACCCACCCCAAUUCUAGAAUAUAAUAAAAACAUGGGCGGCGUUGACUUAUCUGACCAACUGAUUACGUACUUCUCAGCCCACCGCAAAACAAUGAAGUGGUACCGCACUUUGUUCUACCAUUUUGUGGACAUAGCGACUACUAACAGCUGUGCAAAGUGAACAAGAUACAGCCCAUGACCCACAAAGAAUUCACGCAAAUGCUUGUGGCCCAGCUUUGCCAGGUUUCCAUUGAGACUCAGUCCAAGCCAAAGAACACUGGACACACACCUGUCCCGAUCAAGUCUGUGGCAGACAAAAGCAAGAGAAGCUCUGCAGGACGAAGGCGCUGCGAAUUCUGCAAGAAAUCAGGUCGGAGUGACAAGGACACUCCCUGGAAGUGCAAUGAGUGUGGGGUAGCACUCUGUGUCAUUCCAGACAGAAAUUGCUUUCAUGAUUGGCACAACCUUGAGGGAAUGGCCCCAGUUGAGUAUCUGUCUUCUGACUCUGAGUAAAGCUGUAAGGCUUGUGCAGCUACAGUAUCUUCAGAAAGUGAUCAUACCCCUUGACUUAUUCCACAAUUCAAAAUUGAUUAAAUAUUUUUUUUUUCUCACCCGUCUACACACAAUACCCCAUAAUGACAAAGUGGAAAAUAAAAUGGUGCACAUUUAUUGAAAUACAGAAGUAUUCACACACUUGAGGCAAUACAUUUUAGAAUCACCUUUGGCAGUGAUUUACAGCUGUGAGUCUUUCUGGGUAAGUCUCUAGGAGCUUUGCACACCUGGAUGUAAAAUAUUUGCCCAUUAUUCUUUUCAAAAUUCUUCAAGCUCUUUCAAAUUGGUUGUUGAUCAUUGCUAUAUUACCAUUUUCAAGUCUUGGCAUAGCUUUUCAAGCAGAUUUAAGUCAAAACUGUAACUCGGCCACUCAGGAACAUUCACUAUUUUCUUGGUAAGCAACUCCAGUGUAUAUUUGGUUAUUGUCCUGCUGAAAGGGGAAUUCAUCUCCCAGUAUCUGUUGGAAAGUAGACUGAACCAGGUUUUCCUCUAGUGCUGUGCUUAGCUCCAUUCCUUUUCUCUUUUAUCCUGAAAAAAUCCACUGUCCUUAUCGAUUAGAAGCAUACCCAUAACAUGAUGCAGCCACCACUAUGCUUGAAAACAUGGAGAGUGGUACUCAGUAAUGUGUUGUAUUGGAUUUGCCCCAAACAUAACACUUUGUAUUCAAGACAAAAAGUUAAUUGGUUUGCCACAUUUUUUGCAGUAUUACUUUAGUCCCUUGUUGCAAACAAGAUGCAUGUUUUGGAAUAUGUUUAUUCUGUACAUGCUUCCUUCUUUUCACUCUGUCAAUUAGGUUAAUAUUGUGGAGUAACUACAAUGUUGUUGAUUUAUCCUCCAGUUUUCUCCUAUCACAGCCAUUAAACUCUGUAAUUGUUUUAAAGUCACCAUUGACCUCAAAGUGAAAUCCCUGAGCGGUUUCCUUCCUCUCUGGCAACUGAGUUAGGAAGGACGCCUGUAUCUUUGUAGUGCCUGGGUGUAUUGAUACACCAUCCAAAGUGUAAUUAAUAACUUCACCAUGCUCGAAGGGAUAUUCAAUGUCUGCUUUUUUUAAUUUUUACUAAUCUACCAAUAGGUGCCUUUUUUUUGCGAGGCAUUGGAAAACCUCCCUGGUCUUUGUGGUUGAAUGUGUGUUUGAAAUUCACUGCUCGACUGAGGGACCUUACAGAUAAUUGUAUGUGUGGGGUACAGAGAUGAGGUAGUCAUUCAAAAACCAUGUUAAACACUAUUAUUGCACACAGAGUGAGUCCAUGCAACUUAUUAUGCAACUUGUUAAACACAUUUUUACUCCUGAACAUAUUAAGGCUUGCCAUAACAAAGGGAUUGAAUACUUAUUGACUCAAGACAUUUCAACAUUUCAUUUUUUAAAUUAAUUUGCUGAAGAAAAGCAGCACAUGAGUUAAUAACAAGUUAUUUACAAAUAUUAUAUUCCAAAAAUUAUUAUCUGUAACUUUUUUCCUACUCAUUCAGACUUCACAACCGCUGCCAUGUCAAUUUCAGGUACAGACUAAUUUCUGGCCUGAUAUCAUUAUGUCUACAAACAUAAUUCCACUUUGACAUUAUGGGAUAUUGUGUGUAGGCCAGUGGGACAAAAUCUCAAUUGAAUCCAUUUUAAAUUCAGGCUGUAACACAACAAAAUGUGGAACAAGUCAAGGGGUGUUAAUACUUUUUGAAGGCACUGUAUAGCCUAACCGUCACAGAUAAGGAGUGCUGUUAGGCCUGUGUCUUAUUGCUAAUUUUGGUGUAUUUCAAAGCCUUUUGUAAGCGAUUUCAAAAUUUUGCUAAUCUUCAAUUUUGACUUUUGAUAUGAUGAAUAAUCAUUGUGUUUUUCCAAGAUAAUGAUAUCAGGCCAGAAAUUAGUCUGUACCUGAAAUUGACAUGGCAGCGGUUGUGAAGUCUGAAUGAGUAGGAAAAAAGUUACAGAUAAGAAUCUUUGGAAUAUCAUAUUUGUAAAUAACUUGUUAUUAACUCAUGUGCUGCUUUUCUUCAGCAAUGUUGUGUUCUGGUAUUCUAGUGUGUUAUUAAAUCCUGCAUGACUGUAUGCACACACCUUCACACUAUUGCCUUCUGUUUGAUCAUAAUUUAUCUUUGUCAGAUUACAUAGGCUGACUUUUUCCACUGAUGUAAUAGCUACAUUUACUGGUCAAUGGUGUGGAGUUUAAACAUGUGGGGAGGCUACUAUGAAUAACAAUGUAUUUUCAGCUGUGUGAAAGAAUCGACCACAAAAGAACCCAGGUUUUCUCACUUCAUUUUACCGUGUCAUUCUUGAAAAAAUACAAUUAUGUAAGAUGAGUUACAAGAAACACAUUUACCUAAGAUGAACCAACCUUGUGUAUUAUUUGUUGAGUUACUCUUUUCUACUGUGUAGUAAUGUUUUUUGUUUUCUUAAAGAUUAACAGAAAAAAUGUCAACUGCACUGGAUUAAGUAAAUAAAGUAAACCUAACAGACUGUCCCCACUUUGUUGUGUACCACAUGGCUGCUGCAAAGUUCAUAAUAUAAAAUAACUUUGAAGUAAAGGUAUGCUUGGUAUGAGUACAUUUAUGACAUCAAAUACAACUGUUAUGUAAUAUUCAUAAUAUCAACUAGGUUUAGAAUUUAUAAGGAAAGCGAUACUGUGAUGCCCUCCUGUGAUGAGCCUAUGUAAUGGCAGGUUGUUUAAGGGCUAGAUCAAAAGUGAGUCUUGCAUAUUCUUUCUCAACCACUCUUGUGAGGUCAGGUAAUCCAUUUUUUCAAUAGCUUGAGCCAACUGCUGUAUUGUGUCACAUGUACAGACCUUUCAUUCAAAGGACUUGAGGAGAAUAGGGGUGCAGGUGUGUGUCACUUUGACAGGGAAUGAGGGAGAUUGAUUAGGCUGAACCGGGGUGCACAGGGCUAUGUCCCGUUAUGUGACCGGGAAAAAUAUGUGAGGGAGGAGGACCCUUCUCAAAUCUAAAAGUAAUCUGCGCUGCCUGGUCACAAGGCAGCGUGGUGCAUCGUUCAGCAACAUACAUGUCUUUUCCAUCAAAUAUGUUAGACUAAGCAAACACUUAAGCAUGUGAAAACGUAUGCAUGUGAAAGCUCAGAAUCCUAAAUCAUUACUUAAUGUGCUUGACAUACGUCACUUUGUUUUGAAACGACUUCGCCAUCGGCUUUGAAUGGGCACUCAGCUCAUGCCCGGGAGGCAGCCCUGUUCUAAAACAAACGCCACAUAGUAUCUAAACCCAGAGACCCAACAUCGCCAGACUUGCUAGACCAGACUGGGGUUUGGGGUUUGAGAUGUCUUUGGGCUUGUUCGACAUUGCAGCCGACGGUGCCGGCGACUGCCGACUGAAUGAUCUAAAUUCAUUAGGCCCUAAUCUAUGGAUUUCACAUGACUGGGCAGGGGUGCAGACAUGGGUGGGCCUGGGAGGGCAUAGGUGCCGCCAAUCAGAAUUGAGUUUUCUCCACAAAAGGGCUUUAUUACAGACAGAAUUUGCAGGGAUUUGUAGUCUUGCAUGAUGUCUAAUUUGAAUCAUCAAAUGAGAGUAAAUAGAGCCCCAUAUAUUGUUAAAAGUCACCUUGUCGAAGAGAGAUUUACACGGUAAUCAAAACGUCAUGCCAGGGUAAGCCUACACAAAACACUGCCCUUAUUUUAAGUGUUUAACAAUUAUUUUAAGUGGAAAAACGAUUAUGGGUAUUAUGACAUGUCCACUGUGGGGCUCUAUAUUAAACUGGGAUAAUGUUUUAGGUCACACUGGCAAGUAUAAGAAUAUAUGUCUUUUUGAACACUAUCAUUUAGUGUUCAAAGCAUGUGAAUGCAUCCAACUGGUAUUUUCUCUUUCACAACUGGAAAGGAAAUUACCUCCUUCCCUCUUGGUUAUGAAUGCAGCAUUAGCCCCCCCCCCCCCCCCCCCCCUCUCUGUGUGAGAGAGAGGGUCAGAGGAGAACAUCUGGGGGUCCUGGAUCAGAGAGAGAUGGUGGGGGAUGCAUUUAAUGCCCCUAUUACAUUGGCUGAGAUGAAGAGGGCAUUAGCUAAAGCUGGGUAGCAUCUCCUGGGAAGGAUAAAAUGUAUUAUAUCAUGAUGGCUCAUCUCAGUGAGACUGUAAUGGGGAACGUAUUGGGACUUUACAAUAAGGUGUGGCAGGAAGGGUAACUGCCUGGAAGUUGGAAGCAGGCAGUAGUGGUGCCAAUACGGAAACCUGGGAAAGACCCUACUAGUCCUUCGAGCUAUAGGCAGAUAAAUUUGACAUCUCAUGUAUGUAAACUUAUGGAAAGGAUGGUAACGGAAAAGCUGACUUACUUUCUGGAGAGUAGAGGACUAAUGUCACCAGAUCAAAGUGGGUUCAGGAAAGGCAGGGGAACGAUGGAUCCUGUACUGUGCCUUGUGUCAGUCAUACGGAAGGAACAGGCAAACAAGGAGGUAUUGGUAGACGUUUUCUUUGAUGUAGAGGCUUAUGAUUUGAUGUGGAAGGAAGGCCUACUUAUCAAGCUGGAUAUCAUGGGGGUUGGAGGAUGGGUUUUUAACUGGAUAAAAUAUUUUAUUUUUGGGCGAUCAAUACAAGUGAGUGUGGGGAGCUCUAUGUCAGAAAGCUAUGAGGUGGAUAAUGGUAGUGUCAUUAGUAGUUUGUUGUUCUCCAUUAUGAUUAACGAUGUAUUCUCCCAGGUGAGACCUGAUAUUGGAGGUAAUUGGCAGCAGAACAUUAUUCCCUACGUAAAAUAAAGUUACCCUCACUGUAGUCAACCUCAAAGAAGAGGUUUCGCUCACUACAAAGGAUAAGACAGCCAUUCAAGUCUUGGAGAACUGAGAAGGAUCAUGAUGAAGGCUCUGCUCCUUUGAAUAUUUUUCCAGACCGGUCUCCGGGAGUACAAUAAAAUGCUUCUGCCACGUACUCACCACUAGACAUCUAAGGAUGUAUGAACAUUUUAAGGAAAAGCUCACAAAGGUGGGCUUCAAGCUUUUUUGUGUUGACUGACUCCAGCAGUGGCUAUACAGUUGACUAUAUAGUAUACACAGGCAAGACCACGUUCCCCUCUGGCUGUGGAAAGUCUUACGUUGCAGGGAUGUCACUUAUAAAGCCAUCCUUCCUCUGAUCAGGUUACCAUCUAUACCUGGACGACUUCUUCUCCAGUCCAAAACUAUUCAAGGACCUAUUAUAUGGAGCCUGUCUCAGAAAGCGGGGCGGCCGAAGAGGCUUUAUGAACAAAAGGCACUGACCAAGAAAUCCCCAAGAGGGUCAUUCAUAUGGAUAAGGGAGGGCUCCCUGCUCCCUGCUCUUUGUGAAGUGGAAGGACCCAUGGGAGGUGUCUGUUGUUUCCACCAUUCAUGAGGUGUAUGGAGGGGAAGAGGCAAAAAGGAGACUGAAAAACAAGGAUGGCAGCUGGACCACUGAGUCCAUUCCAGUCCCAACGCCGAUUGUAGAAUACAAUAAACACAUUGGAGGCAUUGACUUAUCUGAGGAACUGAUUUCGUGCUACUCAGCCAACCGCAAGACAUUCAAGAGGUACAGCAGUUUGUUCUUCAACUUUGUGGACAUAGCGACCACAAACAGCUUCCUGAUUCACAAGGAUCUGUGCAAAGGGAACAAGAUCCAGCCUAUGCCUCACAAAGAUUUAAUGGAGAAACUCACAGCACAGCUUUGUGAGGUGCCCCUUGAGAUUCACACCAGGAGGGGGAAAAUUGGACACACCCAUCCGUAUCAA